GAGCAAGCCGAAGCACGUCCGUAUCUUACGCGACUCUUCGCAGCGUUUCCUUCGCGUUUGGUUUAUACGCUCGUCGGACAAUGCCAACUGCCCCCGUGGACGAUAAGGGCACGGUCUUUUACUACGAGGACACGGGCGCGCCAAAUGGACUGUCUGACUAUUUGACUGUCGUCCUAGUCCAUGGGUUAACCUUCCACAGCGGCGCGUUCCGCCGUGUACUGCCAUACGCAACAACGUACAAUCUACGUUUCGUCACUGUCAACAUGCGCGACUACCCUGGCUCCACGGGCUACACCCCCGAGGAGCUCAACGCAUUCGCAGACCCAGAUUUUACUGUCCAGGACGCUGCUCUCAGGACGCAUGGUGAACAGCUCGCUGCGUUCCUUGAGUAUCUGGUUAGGAGCCACGAAAUCCAGCCUAUCGAGACCGUCAACGGGAAGAGAACGAAGGGCAUAGCACUGGUUGCUUGGUCCAUGGGCAAUCUCUUAACAAUGACAUUCCUCGGAAACGCUUCAAAGUUCUCCGCACAGAGGACAGCAUUCCUCGCGAAGUAUCUGCGUACAGUCGUCAUGCUUGAUCCCUCCAAGCGACCUACGAUCGAACGUAUGAGCAAGGACGAGCUCGAGAGCAUCACCGACGCCGGGGUUCUGGAACGCUCGAGCAUGAAACUCUUCCAGGCUUCGCGGGAUGUUCUGUACCCGAACGUCCUGCGCGCACUCGUUGACACCCAGGGCGUUUGGCCAGACGUGAACGUCCUCGUUUUCUGGUGCGAUGAGUCAAUGCACGACUGUAUCUGGGCGGCGAAGUUUAUCUCCGACUUGGGGCGGGCGCCAUCUGCCGAGGGCAAGCAGAAGAGGCGGAUUGACGUCGAGCGUCUCUGGGGUGUAAAUCACUUUGUUCACUGGGAUGCUCCGGAGACGUUCGUGACGGCGUUAACGAUGCGACUGUAACUCACGAAAGGGUAUUAAGAUGGGGAUGGUUAUACGCAUCUCGGAAACAAGUGAACCCUCAGAACGGUAAAGUUUUACAAUACAUAUGAACUCGAAGUUCUUCU